CAUGACUGAAUCCAGUCUUUCAAUUUUAUUCUGCGUAAUAUUCAGUAUCUUGCAUAUAAGCAAGGCAGAGAACAGUACGGAUUCAUUCUUCACUCAAUUGUCAGAAGCGACUUUAUCUGAAGAUGGAAAGCUUGAUUUUCCUGAGUUGGCAACUAAAUACGGACUGUCUGUAGAACAAUAUGACGUGACUACUGAAGAUGGGUACAUCCUAACGGUCUUCCAUGUCGCAAAAGACCUCAACGCCAGUAACACGCCUAUACUGCUGUUCCAUGGAAUAAUUGAUUCAUGCUACACAUUUAUGCUUAGAGGCGAAACUUCUUGGGUCUACACUUUGGCUCAGGCCGGCUACGGUGUAUGGGUCGGUAAUAACAGAGGAAACUUGUACGGCCGCAGACACGUCUCUCUAAAUCCGGACAAAGACGAAAAGUUCUGGGAUUACAGCUUGCAUGAAAUCGGCUUCUACGAUCUCGCUGCUACAAUUGAUUUUAUCCGCAAAACAACAUACUCUGACAGCAUUUUAACCAUUGGCCAUUCUCAGGGAACUUCGGCGCAUUUUGUGCUGACUUCAACGAGACCAGAGUACAAUGACAGGAUAAAAUUAUUUGUAGCCUUAGCGCCUAUAGCUUACCUGAUCAACCUGAAGCCACCAAUAUCGAUCGCAGCAGCCGCAGGGCCAACUGCUACUGCAUUAUUAACAACGCUAAACAUCAAUGAACUAUUGGAAAAUCACAGCGCAGCAUCAGACCUUGUAACUCUGCUGUGCAGCAAAGGGGUUGUGAGUUAUCUUGCAUGUGGAUUUGGUACGCUGUUCCCAUUGGCUGGAUUUGAUCCAGCCGGGCUUGAAGAAGAUUUUUUGACUGGUGUUGUUUUUGGCCAUUAUCCUAGUGCGACGUCGAGGAAGAGCUUGGUGCAUUAUGAUCAAAUUUUUCUGAGGCGGGACUUUGCUCAGUAUGACUACGGAUCUGUUCGGAAUUUGGCAAAAUAUAAGGGCAUACUUCCACCAUCAUACAAUCUGACAGCCGUGACUACAAAUGUGGCUUUAUUUGUAGGCGGUAACGAUAAGGUGUCCACGUUAAAGGAUGUGAAACGUCUGGGGAAUGUACUUUCGAAUGUAGUUCACUAUGAGGUGAUGGAGCUCAAACGGUGGAAUCACCUAGACUUUGUGUGGGGAAAAGAUAUAAUGACCGAAUAUCUUUAUCCACCUGUUUUAGAUCUUCUUGAACAAUAUAGGAACUAAAAAUGUAGGUACCUACUAGUAAAUUAUUAUCUUGACGCGAACUUUGUUAAUUUCUUUAAAUAUGCGGUAUUACCUAAUUUUAAGUAA